AUGUUACUAGAAUGUGAAGAAACAGAGCAGAAAAACAGGCAAAAACUGUUUGGCCUUGAAAAAAUCUGCAAGCAACUGGCCCAUGAAAACAGUUCCAUGAAAAAUACCUUAUCAAAUUCUCACAAGGAUUGCUCAUCCCUGCUGGCAGCCUGUGCACUGCUGUCAGGGGCCCUGUGUUCUCUCUACAGCCAACUGUGCGCUAUGUCCUGCCAAAGAUACAUUCUCCAGGAACAGGUGAACCAGCACCAAUUACUGAACCAGAAGAUCAUCAGCCUCCUUUAUGCUCUCCCUGCUGUGGUGGAAAGAAACCAAGAUGAAGGCAGGCUAAGGCAGAGAAGAGCCAAGCACCUGGUUUAUGUGUUCCGAAGAGCUGUGAUUGCAGUUCUGGCUGCUAACAGGCUGAGAGCUCUGGCCCCAUAUUCUUGUACCUUUUUCGUCUGGACAGAUGGAUGCAGAGGAAGCCCUGGAAUUCAAGUUUGUGUGGGAGAAUCCAGAGGCAGGCAUCCUGGGCCGCGUUUUGAAGAGGAAGGAGUUGACUGUAUUGAAGCACUUAACUGGUUGACUAGCUCUAACCUCUAUACUGCAAUAAUCAGCUCCAUCUCAGAACUGGAGGAUGUUCUCAGCAGACAAGAUGUACACUCCUGGCUUUCUGGACACUCACUUAUCAGUGCAGCUGGGAACUGCUUUGCAAAACUGAUGGGCAUGCUGAGUGUACUGCUGGAGACAGUUCAAGGGAACACUCGUGGGUGCAGACCUUACCUGGAGAGGGACUCCCUGAUACAGAGGCUGGCAUAUGGGCUCCACAGAGUAAAUGCCCAGGCCCUGGCAGCGGGAUUGUAUGACAUACUGCCUACCACAUCGUGUGCAGGAGUUAAGUGGGUCCCAGCCAAGAACGUCAAACCAUAUCACACCCCGGAACGUGUGGACGAGUCCAAAACCGAGGAAGCAAGUACUCAGACGUGA